AUGCACCACGACACUCACCACUACUCGCUGCACGCGGCGGCGGCGGGCCGCUGUCACGAGGACGCGGGGCCUCCGUACUUCACGUCUUGGCUCAUCAGCCACGCGGACAUGUCCCCCACUGACUACAGCCUCGCGCCCGGGUACAGCCCCGAGUACCAUGGCAACAGCAGCGGGGGCUCCACGGGCAUGGACCCUCAUCAUCACCAUCAUCAUCAUCACCACUACGGCCCCGGAGGCCUCGUGCCCCCGGUGAAUGGCGCUCCCGUGGGGCUGCACCACCACGCGCACGGCCCGCGGCCAGUGAAGAGGAGACCGACGGCCAACCGGAAGGAGCGCAGGCGGACGCAGAGCAUCAACUCUGCCUUUGCGGAGCUCCGUGAAUGCAUCCCCAACGUCCCCGCGGACACCAAGCUGUCCAAGAUCAAGACUCUGCGGCUGGCGACGAGCUACAUCUCGUACCUGAUGGACAUCCUGGACAAGGACACGCACGGGGACACGCAGGCGUUUAAGGCCGAGCUCAAGAAGACAGAGGCCCGCGAGGAGCGGCGGAAGAGGGACACGGUGGAACUGCCCAAAACCACAACGUCUUCCUCCUCCUCCUCCUCCUCGUCUUCCUCCGUCAGCGAUAAGAAGACGAAAGGUCGGACGGGAUGGCCCCAACACGUGUGGGCGCUGGAGCUCAAACAGUAG